CCUAGCUCAAAGCACACAGCUGUCACCUGAGCUCCUGAAACUGACUGCUGGAAACUGAAGUCAUGUCCACACAAAGCACAAACAUAGCAAUUCUGAUUGGGACAGUCGCCAUUAUGUCCCUAAUCAAAUAGAACUGCAUGGCUGUACAGGAAGAUGACAUGGGAUUCAAACUGUGUGUCACAUCGAGGAGAGGAGUGAAAGACCUCUCCAAUCAAAAUCUACUGGAUGUUGCCUCAAAUCUUCCCAAUGACACACAGUAUUUGGAUAUUUCUCACAACUUCAUCCGAAGACUGAACGAAGCUCCGUUUUCCGGACUGUCCCAGCUCUGUUGCCUGAAGGUAACUCACUGUGGCUUGCAGGAGAUCUCCUCCAGCGUAUUCAGUCACACACCAGCUCUCAAAGUUCUCAAUAUAUCUUACAAUGACUUACAUAUCAUCCCUGACAUUUCACUGAAACAGCUGAAAAUCCUUGAUUUGGCUAACAAUCUGUACACCAGCUAUCAAGUUCCACUAUCAUUUCAAAAGCUAACGAGUCUGGAUGUGCUGUCAUUAGGUAGUACAGCUGCUCCAUCCAUCCACUACAAUGACUUUGAUCCACUGAUGAACAUUUCUCUGUAUCACCUGCUUUUGGGAGCAGGAAUUCAGUGGCAAAACUAUGAUCCUGGUGCACUUGCAAAAGUUAAAUCUCUCCAAAAAAUUUCCCUGUUUGCAUGUUUUUGUGGGAAUUUCAGUAUGUUAGAGAAAGUCCUUGUAGACCUGAAUGUGACAGGAGUGACAUCAUUGAGAUUCAUCACAGUUUUUCCAGACAUCUGCAAUUUGACAGGCAACCCCUUUAAGAAGCUGAGAACAAUGCCAUUCAUACAGAAUCUGACCAUAGAGAACACUUGGAUAAACAGCUCAUUCAUGGAGGUGCUUCUGAAGAACGUGUGAAUGUCCUCCCUUUAUGACCUCGCAUUUGUCAACAUCACUUAUCACGAAGAUAAACCAGAUGGGUUCCAGUUUCGCACUAUUAAUCACACAGUCAAUGUUCGCUCAAUUACCUUUAAUGGUGUGCAUCAUUAUCAGUACAGUUACCCCACAAUCAACAUCAGCACUGAGGCCGUCUAUAAUCUGGCUUAUUUAAAGUUCUCUGGGAGCGGAAUGAACAUUUUACCCUGCAAACUCAUAUCUGCCCUGCCAUCACUUGAGACGUUAGAUCUGUCAGAUAACCUCUUAAAGGAUUUUGGCUUUUGGUGGUUUCAAUGUUCGAACACCUCCGUCUUCCCCAAACUGAGGAAACUGUAUUUAAGCAAGAACCGCUUCAGCAGCCUUUCCUUUAUCUCAAAGAAAACACAUCAGAUGAAGACUUUAGAGUCUCUAGACCUCAGCUUCAACUCCAUUGAAUUGGAUAAGGCGUGUUCUUGGCCUGCUCAUCUUAUUGAGCUCAGCUUGGGAAAUAACAACUUGGGCAAUAGUGUCUUUAAAUUCCUGUCAUCAAACUUUGAGAGGAUUGACUUGUCAAAGACAGGAAUAACAGCUAUAACACAAGAAAAUCUGUCUCAGUUUCCAAAGCUGACACACCUCAAACUCAGCUCCAACAGCAUCCAGGUUAUCCCUGCAGAUCUCAUGGCCCCAGCUCUGCUCAGUCUCUAUGUAGACCAGAAUGCUAUCACAUCUAUAUCCAGGGAGGUCUUUCCAGGACUCCCCAGGCUUCAGACCUUUAAAGCUGGAAGCAAUCCAUUCGUCUGCUCAUGUGACUCCUAUUGGUUUGUCACUGUUCUUAACAAGUCUAUGCUCCCAGACUGGCCCUUUGAUUAUACAUGUAACACCCCACCAUUGUUUGCAGGCCUGCCACUCUCUGAGUACAAAACUGGUCAGUUGUCAUGUGAGACAUGGCUUCAGGUUGUAGUUGCUUUUUCUGUAAUAAUAGUUAUAUGUAUAGCCUUAGGUCUAGUUUUCUAUAAAUGUGACGGAGCGUGGUACAUAAAGAUGUUAUGGGUGUGGAUCAGAGUGAAGAGGAGAGGCAAGAAACACUCCAACAUGUUGAAGAAUGCAUCAUUUAGUUAUCAUGCGUUCAUCUCCUACAGUCAUCAGGACUGUGGCUGGGUAGACAGUCAGCUAGUGCCAUCUCUGGAAGGUUCUGGGUUCUCACUCUGUGUUCAUGCACGUGACUUCAUCCCUGGUGACUGGAUCAUAGAUAACAUUAUCAACUGUGUGGAAUCCAGCUAUAAGACUCUGUUUGUCCUCUCCAAACAUUUUGUCCAGAGCGAAUGGUGCAACUAUGAGCUCUUCUUCGCCCAGCACAGAGCCAUCAGCAUCCAGAAGGACUCUUUAGUCUUCAUAUUACUGGAGCCCAUUCCAGCUGACUCUCUGCCCAAGAAGUUCUUGAGACUUAGACAUUUACUGAGGCAGCAGACGUACCUCGAAUGGCCAAAAGAUGAACGGAAGCAGCAGGUUUUCUGGUCAAGUCUUAAAUCCAUGCUGCAUAUGGCAGACAAAUCUAUGGUCCUAAAGGAUGUGGCCACGGCCAUUUCAGAUACAGUAUCUCACUUUUAGACCACGAAUAAGAGCUCAAAGAUAAGUUCCCCUUUUUUCAAGUCUAUCUAAAAACGAUACUCACAUGGAUCUGUAAGCACUGGUUACAACACUUUUUGGUUGCUACAUUUUUUCUGUAAGGGACAUAAAUGUUACCAUUUGGUGCAUUGCACCAGAGUAAGUCUAAGGCUAAUUUUCAUCUUCAGUACUCUGAUAGGUCAUGAUUAAAACAUCCAUACAGUAACAGAACAAUACUAAACACACCAGACAAAUAAUAAAUGAUACACAUAUCAAUGCAUUCCAAAGAUCAGCCAAAGCUAAGCUGAAGCCAGACUAAAUAACGUGAUAAGUUUGUCACUGUCCCGUUAUAACGUGAAACUUUUGGACAAACUUGACAGUUAAAAACUGUCAGUACUGAUUUUUUACUAAUCACAUAUAUUUCAUGAUAUUUACAGUAUGAUCACAGUUAUCACCAAUUCUCUUUAUAUAUAAUCAGCUCAAUGAUGACAACACACAAAACGAAUGGUGUAUAUUGGUGUUUACAGUCAGUGGUGAUCAGUUUUAGUUGUUUCAUCAUCAGGGAAGCUGCUCCUGGGACUCUACUGAGGAGUGCACUUUUAUCUCAGUCUAGAAUAUCAUAGAUCAACAACUUCUAUUCAGUGACUCAAACCCUCAGUCUCACUGUACUGUCAGUAGAUUAUUUACCAUUAAUUAUAUUCACAUACUUAAUGGCACUAGAAUCUUAAAUUAACAUUUCAGAUGUGGAAAACAGAAUUGUAAUUUUAGUCAUGAAUUAGAGAUAUAUGCAACGUAACUGUCAUCAAGCUAAUUAGUUAAUAUGCUUUGGUAUUGAGUCAACAAUUUUAUUGUUGUUUGGACUGGUUGUUACAAAUAUAUGUUUAUCAUCAAAAAGAAAUAUUCUGAUUUUGGUGUCAAAUGUUUCAGAAUUAAAUUCAGCUCAGCAGAGAGAUCAUUUGUUCUGUUCUGUGUUCCUGUCCUCUGUUUAAUUUGAGCAAAUGUCUCCACCUACUGUUUGUAAUGACACAUACCAGAAUAAAAGAAUGAAUUAGGAUGAGACGACAGGAAGCAAGUAUCUCUUUUUUUAAUCUAUAUAAUCCAUGAUAACAAUUGUAACUCUGCUCUAAUAAAAAUACACUUGUAUUUACAGAAGUUUUUAAUUUAACUACAUGCUUUGCUCAUACAGCUGCUGAUAUCAUUUGUAUUUAUGUUUAUACACAAGGUAUCAUAUAAAUCCAUGUAAAUUAUCUAAAUGUUGUUGCUGCUUUAUAUAAGUCAGUGUACUGAGCCCUGACAUUCUUAACAUAAUAUGCAGGCUUAUAAUAUAUGAUACCACUUUGUAUGAGGCCUAUGCAGUUAUAAAUGUUAAUAAACAUAUUAACACUUCAUACACAUGUUGUAAGUCAUUUUCAAUUUUUGUCUUGUGAUAAGCACUUCGACUGCUGUUUGUCCUAACUAAC